AUGACGUACGCGCAACUAGGUAGUUAAGUAUAGGCAUGCACUUACAAUAUUUGAAUGCACACUGCCUCAAGCCCUUAUAUGCAUACUUACUUAAUUACUUAGUUACAUAACGUCAACGUGUAAUAGAUAAUAUGCUUGUCAUUAAAAAUUAAUUUUGUCAGAGAACGUCUCAAUUUUGCUGUUUCUUACCCUGGUUGCGCAUAUUCCAUAUUUUAACAUCAAUAUUAAAAAAGCAACUUUGACAUCAACUGACACAACAUCGGCAUGCAGCAAUAACGAUGAUGACGACAACAACACCUGCAACAACAACAGCAGCAACAGCAACAGCAACAGAAAAAUCAACAACAACAACAGCAGCAGCAACAGUAAAAUCAACAACGACGACGACACACCAAGAAUAAUAAUAACAACAACGACACCAAUUAUAAUAGCAACAACCGUGAUUAACAGGGAUAACAAUUUAGUAGCAACAACCACAAAAACAUCAACAACAGCAGCAGCAACAAAUUACAACAGCGAAGAGAAUAAUGACAUCAAGAAUAACAACAUGCACCACUAUCAACAAUCAUAA